GAGCAGGACGGUCGCGCGCUGCCUGGUAUUUUUAUUGCACGUGGGUGCUUCGUACCGCAUUCGACAUAACCUAUAAUUGUUCCAGUUAACUCUUAACCGCCUCGCUGCAAAAGUCAAAGGAACCAAGAAAAUCUGCACUGCAUUGAUAUAUAUUUCUCUACAUUCAAAUCAUCAAAAUGGUCAACGAUUCGAAUGGAGGCGUACCUCCGCCACAGGAGUUGGAGACUUUCCUCCCCCAAGAUGAAAAGAAGGAGAAAAUUGUUGCCAAAUUUAACAUGACUAAAGACGUCGAAGCAGCAGAUUUUGAUCCGUUUACAGAGCGGAAACUAGACAACCCAACUUCAAACAACGACACCUUAACGCACUUACUGAAGGCUUCAUUGGGGACUGGUAUACUAGCCAUGCCGAAAGCCUUCAAGUCAGCAGGUCUCAUCUCAGGCAUAUUCUUUACGGUUCUCGUGGCCGUGGUAUGCACCCACUGCGCUUACAUCCUGAUCAAAUGCGCCCACGUGCUGUAUAGAAAGACUAGAAAAACGAACAUGAGUUUCUCGGAAGUUGGUGAGGCAGCUUUAGAUCAUGGACCGACCUGGGCAAGAAAAUGGGCUGGACCUUUUAGAAUUUUUAUCUUAGUGAGCCUGUUUAUGACCUACUUCGGUACCUGCUCUGUAUACACCGUCAUCGUGGCUAGCAAUAUAUUACAGGUGGCAGCUUACUAUAUGGGCGUGAAAGAAGAAGAAAUGGAAAUAAGAAUAUUCAUCAUAGCACUGCUUAUACCACUUAUUUUUAUGGUUUGGAUCCGAAACCUGAAAUAUCUGGCACCAGUGUCUAUGCUUGCUAAUUUCUUAAUGGCCGUUGGUCUAGGAAUUACUUUCUACUAUUUAGUCGGCACGGGUGAAUUGAAUUUCGGCAAAGUUAACCUAUUCACUCCUCCGAGUCAGUGGCCAGAAUUCUUCUCGCUUACUAUCUUUGCUAUGGAAGCCAUUGGAGUGGUGAUGCCGCUAGAAAACGCGAUGCGAACCCCCAAAGCAUUACUCGGUGUUUGUGGUGUACUCAACAAGGGCAUGUCCGGUGUCACCGUGGUCUACAUCCUCCUAGGUUUCCUGGGAUAUCUGCGCUACGGCGACGCUGUCGGAGAUGCCAUCACUCUUAAUCUAGACCAAACACAAAUUCCGGCCCAAAUCGUCAAAAUCUCCAUCGCUGUCGCAGUAUACUGCACUUUUGGUCUUCAAUUCUUUGUAUGCAUCGAAAUCAUGUGGCAUAGCAUCAAGGACAAAUAUACGAAGCGUCCCGACCUUGCGGACUACAUCAUGAGGACCAUUAUGGUAACGGUGUGCGUGCUGCUGGCCGUGGCUGUUCCCACCAUAGCACCUUUCAUGGGAGUCAUCGGUGCCUUUUGCUUCUCCCUUCUCGGCCUCAUCGCUCCCGCUAUCAUCGAGAUCGCCACGUUUUGGGACAUUGGUUUUGGACCCGGACGAUUUCUUUUGUGGAAAAACCUCCUCGUUUUCAUUUUCGGAAUGUUUGCUCUUAUUUUUGGCACCAAAGACGCUGUAAGAGAUAUCAUAAAAGUCUACAGUAAAUAAUAAACUUGGGUUAGUUUAUGCUUCUCGGGUCUGUAUUAACUAGCGUUUAAUAAGAGUCCCAAAGCGUAACAAUAAACACGUAAGUAAUGUAAAAAUAUUUUUUUAGGUAUGCAAUAGUCCUAUGGACCUAUUAAAAUUACGCAGAAAUGCUAUUGCGCUAAAUGGAUAUUGAGAGGAAAGUUGCCCGAGUAAGAGGGACCAAAUUUAAAUAUGCUAAAAGUCGGCAACAACUAUGGUACUAGAAGUAAUUGGCAUCUCUUUGUAAAGUAAAAAUAGUACCUAAAGUCGGCCAAAUUAAUGUUAAAAUAAAAUAAAGUUGAAUACAAUUAAUUACAUCGAAUUAAUAACUUAACAAACACAGUUAGGCUCGUUUCAAAGAAACGCGCGUGCGGUAGGUAUGUCGUUGUAAAAAUAGCCUCGAAUCAAAUAAAUCGAAUUUACUGCAUAAAACAUGUUUCUCUUUGUAUAAUUUACGAUACUUAUUGCGAUUGCAUUCCGAAUUCAGUUAUGUGUUGUUACAUACACGUGUAGUUGUAUUUACGUGGUGGAUACGUAAAUAAGGUUGUAUUUGAGGUCGAAAGUAUGAGGAUGUGUGACACGAUUUUUGGAUUUAUCGUUUUUGUGUCGUGGGAUUUCUUGCACAGCACAGAAUACAGAAAGCUUGUGGAAAUUGAAUGCAACCAGUUGUCGGUGUGAAAAUUAGCUCCUUGUAAUGAACAAAUGCUUAAACAAUGAGUAGUUACUAUGUACAAAUAUCUGUUUUGAAUGUAACUGUAGGUACGAUUAACAUUGUUAUCUGCUUUUUGUCGCAGCAGAUACGUAUGUAAUGCAUUUAAUGUUUCGCCUAGAAUAUGUAAUAUGUAUUUGUGUGUCCGUUCAUUAUAUUAAAAGUACAUACCGAAUGUCAUCAAAUUGUGAUAACAGAUUUCCGCGUAACAGGAAAUAUGUCCCUUUUGAAGUGUAAACGUUACUUACUGGUACAUAAAUAAGACUCAAUAUUGUUUUAAGUAAUUAAUGCCCUGGUUCAAAAUAAUGAUAUCAUCGCACACGAAUGAAUUUAUAGGUACCUAUAUUCAAUUAUCAUAUACUUAUUGUUGUUAUCGAUGCGCGCAUUUGCGUUAUAAGUGCCACUACAGGAGUGCCUUAAGAAUGACCUAUUUUUUCAGGUGGAUAGUUAAUUAAAUAUAAAUGAAGUUCCUAUAUAAAUUAAUGUCUCAUCAAAUACUUAUAUAAUUAGAAAUCUAUUCAUUUCGCGUUCGUCGCCAAUCGCCGUAGCAGUAAAUUAAUAUCUAGGUACCGAAUUAAUAAAGUAUUCAAGUUGUUAUAUUUGUUAUUUAUACCUAAUAUUGUAUUGAAAAUUUUAUUACAAAGGUAUUGUCACAUAUUUAAAUUGGUCAACUAUUGGUUAUGUCUAUUUAAUCGAUGUUUGUGUUCUAUUCUUAGAGGAUGGAAAAAAUAAAAUUCUAUUUAAAUUAUAUUUUUCAUUAAUAAGAAUAUUUCGGUCUAUGGUCAAUUUAAAAGUCUUCUGCUUUGAUGUCAUACUACAGAUUACGCUGUAAAUGUCACCAAUGCGCGACUCUUCUAUAUAGCUAUAGUUCUUUUGGCCAAUAUUUUACCACUCGGAAAAUUUACCCCGUCCUUUUUUAUAAUAAUAAAUAGGUAAUAUUAAGGGAAAUACACACUUAAAAGUCGUUUAUUUAUGGGUAAUUAUAUUUACCUAUGAUAAAUUUUAUGCAUCAUGAUGAAAAUACACAAGUUAAAUUUAGUACUUCACUUUCACUGAAGUUCUUAAUAUUUUUUCGGCAUAUUUACACCGUUAUAUUACAUCACAGGACCGAUAAUGUAAUUCACCUCGAUAUUUAUGAGCAAUAGGACCGGUAAAUUUGUCUUCUGACAGCAAUCAGUAACGCUACUUGGCGUUUUACAGGGCCAUGCACAGAACACCAAAAGGGGAGUACCUGCAAAGUACCUAUACAUUAUCACCAAAUUAACAUAUUGCAUAUUUUUAUUUGCAUAAAUAAAUCAAGUAUUUACUUACAUGUCAUGUACAGUCAACAGCAUAUCAAUCUAUACACUUUAACUUAGAUAUUGCCCCCAAGGCAACGGAACAGGGUCCGUCACUGUGUAGCUUGAUGUGCUGCCAUCUGUACAUUAAUUUUUGGCAUCGCACUGCGGUCGCUAUACAAAUAUUAUAUUAUACCUAUGU